AUGGAGGAGAAAUUCGAAUUGUACGUAGAUUGGCAGCUGAUUACAGAAACAAACGAUAUUUAUAUAGCACUGGGAUUAUUAUUAGCAUUAUAUAACACCUUGGAAAUUCAAUUUGGUAUACAUAAUCGUUGUGUUUCAUUAUUAUUUGGGAUCGUAUUUGAAGACAGCAGUAAACUAACAAAAGGUCUUCGAACGUUAAUUAAAUCAUGGAAUUAUACAAUACAAAGUAAACCAAAAAAUGUGGAUGAUAACUGGAAUAUAAAUGAAACAGGUUCUCAAAUAAGAGCAACAACAGCACAGGAUGAAUACCAACGACAUUACGAAAUAUUAUUAACAACAACUCCAGUACCGCAAAGUGAAAUUAGUGAUACUGAUUCCCUUCUUGAUGAAACACCACCGUUAUUUAUUGGUCAGAAUGUUGGAACAGAAGAAACAGUACAGAUAAACAACGAUAACCAAUCUGUAUACCAAACGCCAUCCGUAUUAACAUCAAAAAAUGAUCAAAGCAAUCCACUUGGACUGCAAAACACAAGAGAAACACUAGGAGAAAAAGAAAAUACGAAACCUGAACAGAAAACAACAAGAAAACGUCGGCUAAAUGCAUCAAUAAAGCGAUCAGAACAGUCGACAAGUUUAAGAGCAACGAGAGCAAGAGAAGGCGUUUGA